GCUGACUCGGAAGCGGAAGGCCCGCCCGCCUCACGCCGUUGCCCGGCAGCGGCGCCGCUCCGAGCCCCGCGGCGCCGGGAGAGGCCCCGGCCCCAGCCGCAGCCGCAGCCCCGGGCCAUGGAAGCCGAUGGCUUGCAGGGACCAGCGCUCACCGAAACCAUGGGACAGCUCCGGCAGGAGCUGCGGAAAGCCAAGGAUGACCACAACAUGGCCAUAGGUGCCAUCUCUUCCUUGCAAAGACAGAUGGAGAUCCAAGAAUCCAAGCUUCGGAGAAUCAGAUCUGAAAAGGAAUUGCUGCAGAAGCAGCUCAGAGAGCGAGAAGUCCAGCUCCAAGCUGUGUCUGACAAGUUUUGCAGCCUGACAGAAGAACAGAGGCAGAAAGAAGCGGUGGUGAUGAUGGAGGAGGAGAACCGCAACCUUAAACAGGUUGUUACAAAACAGGAAUCCCAGCUGGCUGAGCAGAACAAGCUCAUCAGUGAGUUACAGGGGACAAUCAGCCAGCUGCAGGCUGAGCUUGUGACCACCCGCCUCCACCUCCUGAGGCAGAAACAGGCCCAGAAGGAGAUCCAGAGCCAGGUUGAGGAACUGCAGCACACGGAGCUGCAAACCAGAGUGGCACUGGAGCUCAUCAGCAGCAAGUUUGAAAGGUUUCGAAACAAAAUAAUCCAGGCUACGUUCUGCGUGGAGGGCAGCCAGGACCCCCAGGCCGAGCUCACAGACAAUGAGGUGCUGGAGGCAAUGCAGAAAAUCAUUAACGAGCGGCAGGAGUUCCAGCAGAUGCUGAAGAAAAAGGGCAGCAAGGCGUCACUGCUCAGCAGCAGUGACAGCCACACGGCAUCGCCAGCAAGGAGAAGGAAAUCCUCCAGGAUGGAAAGGCUCUGAAGGCUGAGCCAGAACCCAUCACCAGCCUCAGGCUCUGAGCUCUCGGCUCAGAGCUGGUGCCUUACAAGAAAUUAAACUCAUUUUACCGACACCAA